AUAAUCCACCAAUUCCCCAACUCAACAUGGGUAGAAAGCACUGCCGUUCGCAGCUCCGUCCGCCUCCUUGUCACAAUCGCCACCGCUCCCGAGCUUUAUCCCAUCUCCCCUGCUUCCUCCAAAACCUCCACCCUCCUCCACACUUUCGCCCCCUUCAUCGCCAUCCUCGGCAUCACCGAAACGCAACCCGACCGCUUCUACGUAAUAGCAGGGAGCCUCUCCCUUACACCCCCAAUCGACCCAGGACUAGGAACCUACACCAUCUAUUCCGUGGAUCUCCAGAAUUUUAACUCCAUCACCACCACCGGCGCCUCGAUCCAAGAAGUGAUGGCCCUGACUUCCGCGGUUCUUCUCAAUGGAAUGGGCACGCUCAGCUCCUCUUCCGGUCUGAUAAUCGCGGCGGAUUCGGCGGAUGGCGCUAUCUACCUCGUUGACACGCAAACAGGAAAUUAG